AUGGAGGCAGCUCCCCUGGCGCUGGCCCACACCCACGCGCGAAACGCAGUUCUGGAAACCCGCAAAUCUAACCCGGUCGCUGCCAGCGAGGAACAUGACCUGGCUGCUGGGGAGUUUGCAACGGCUGCGCAGAGCAGCUCGGAUCAGGAGGCACUCCGCACCUUACAUUUGCUUGAACACCACCAUAAGAGGCUGGCAGAAAUCUUGAGAUUUCAACAUGAACAUCCCUCUAGCACCGUCAGCGAAACCCCAGCCGCUACUGCCGUCCUGAAGCCAUCGACUCAGCCUGCGACAACAGAUGCUGGAGCCGCCAAGUUCCCGAGCCAAGAUGCCCAAAAUCCCACCCCAAGACUCCCAGGCGCCCCUCGAUUACCUAGUCGUGAAUCCUCGUCGAUUGCAAGCGAUCUAGCUUCCGCCCGAGGCAUUCCGGCGCACCCUCGUCGUGGUUCACCGGUGUCGCCGACCCUGUCCUCACAUCAAGCCGGUGCGAAGAUGACCGAGGGGCCAUCCCGGAUCAAAAGUGGAGAGGCACGACUUCGAGAGGUUCCCGCAAAGAGUCGAAACAGUCGUGCUCCGGCAGGAAGACAACCAUGGUCCCCCCCGCUGCCCAGCCAUACCGAGGUCACUGCUCAGCAAGUAUUGCCUCCAGAUUCUGCCGAGUCAACGCAUCCGAAAGCCAAGCCUGCCACUGCGGAUGAACCUUUCCAGCGGUUUUAUUCAACAUUCGAAGGUCUGAUCUCCAAGAUUUCAGCCCCCCUGGCAUUUGCUGGGCUGCCCUUGGGAACUGAGGACCCUACGAAGGCUACACCUCUACCCCGCAAGUCCCCCGCAGAGACUAAAUUGGACCGCCACCAUGCAACCUCAGACCGAGGAGCCUCUGCCAAGGAGCCGGAUGUCAAUCGGCUCUUUUCCCGUGCGGCACUACGAUCUGUCCAGGACAUGUCCGGGGCAGCAAUUCCUGGAAACCCAGCGGAGUCAUUUUACGUCGUCCCCACGACGGGUGGAUCAAUGCCGUAUGCUGGGAUCUUGUCGCGAGCUGAGAAAGAAGCGCGUCGAAACAGUCUAGAGGACGGUGAUGAUGACUUCGUCGAUGCUCGAGAAACACCGCCUUCCCCGGAGGUGCGUCAAAGCACCGGUAACGCCAAGGCGCGCGCAGUACGCCGAGAUGCUGCCGACAAACUUAUGAGCUUGCAGAAUUCAAAGACAUUAGAGGAGCUGCAGAUGGAAAACCAGGCUCUGAAACAACUUUCCGAUACCCUUUCAAAGCGGCUACACAUGUGGGAAGUAAAUGCGCAGUCUUCAUCGAUGGCACUUCAGCAGUCUCUGAGAGCAAUGCAUCACCAUAAUGCCGGAUCUCCGGAAAAUCUACAGCAUGUUUCGUCUGCUACAAACUCUCCCAUGGCACAUAUGUCCGUUGCACCCGCCAUGUCAGACUCGGACCCCCGUCUCAAAGAACUGGAGGAGAUUGUUCGGCGCAGCGAGCAAGAGCUAGAACGUGUCGGGCGUGAGAACGAUAAGCUAAAAAACGUCCUUGGACGUUAUCGAGACAAUUGGGAGAAAUUGAAGGAAGGCGCCAAAACUCGACGUGCGAAAGGUCGAGCUAGCGACGGUCCAAGUGCCCCAUCCACGCCUGCUCUGGGAACUAAGAACCCGGAUUUCCCAGAACUCUCGCAGCCAGAUGGUUCAUCUAGCAAAGUAACCGCUCCUACUGGCUCUGGGUCAGAGCCUGAAUGCAAUGUGGAAACUGCUGACGCUUGA